AUGAAUGAGCAACCACACGCGGUAGUCGAGUCGUUUUCCGUGACUAAUGAUACUUUGUGAGUAUUUAAAUGCGCCUGAAACCGGUUCUCGGGCAAAUUUUAAAAAUGUUCCAAAAAAACAUCAAAAUAGGCGGUGAUUCAUCACUGAAAUUGAAAAUGUUGAACCGCGGUUCGGUUCACUGUCAGAAACAGACGGUUUUUGAAAAAUGUCACUGAUAACCCUCAAUUUCCUCCGAAAAAUCCCAAAUUUUGGUGGCAAACUGUAAAAGCAAACAUUUGGCCCCGAGAAUAGGUGAUAACUUUUUGCGAGCGGGCGGCAAAUCCGGAAAUCUAAAAAGAGAACGAGACAGUUGAAAGCAAGAAGGAGGAGGAAUUAAGCAAAUAUUGAAAAGUUUUUGCAGUUCGUUUGCUCACAUUUUCACUUCUCAGCCAUUUACUCUGACGAUUUUUGUAGUUUAUGUUGAAUUUUUUUCAAAAUUUCCUUUUUUUUUCUCAAAAAGUAGCCGAAAAGUCGACUAUAAUCCUAUUAUGACCACUUUCCUUAAUCCCGUGUUUGGCGGGUCUGAAACUUUAAUGGUCUAACUUUUCUGCAUCAAAAAACCUAGGCCACGAGUGGUUCUAGUAAAAAUUGAGAAAUCGAGGGAUUAGAUUAGAUAUCAAAGUACGUUUUUUAUGGAAAAUUUGGACUUUCUGAACUCGGGCAUCUCGGAAAUAUUGUCCAUCUCCGUCCUCCCGUACUUUCGCAAAGUUCGUGUCUUUCCGAUGUGCAUGUUCAGUCAUUCCCCCAUUUAUUUGUUUAUUUAGUCAGUUUCGUCUCCUCCUCCACUCUGAGUUUUGUCCCCCCACCGGCCGAAACACUCACGUGUCGAUGUCGAUCGAUUUUUAGGAAUAAUUUAUUAUCGAUGAUGAUUUUCCCUACGAUUUUCAUUUUUGUGAUUUUCGGUCAUUUUGAAGACACUAGGAUGAUGUUGGCCUAAAAAUUUCGGUUCUCGGUUGCUAGGCCCUCAAGUAGGAUUCCAAAGGUUCUAUGGCCUAGAAAACCAAUACUUAGAAUUCUAGGUCACUAGAGAAUUGUGAAAAUCACCCCUUGCUUUUGAAUGAUAAAAGUGAUGAGGCCUUUUUUCCCUUUUUGACAAUUCUAGGCCAGCCCUGGUAGACUGAAGUUCUAUGGCCUCGAAAUCGUAGCUUGUGAUUCUAGGCCACACUCUUACUAAUAGAAACUGUCUACGGAUGGACUAGAAAACCACUUUUGAGAAUUCUAGGCCAAGAUUGGAAUAGAUUGCCUAGGAAAUCACAUUUCAUUUUCUGAUUCUAGGCCAUCUGAUGAAUUGGUACAGUAACCCUAGAAUGCGAUGGCACGUCACUUUUUUGGAAAACUUUUCGAUCCUGCCGGCAAACAAACUCAAAACUUCCGCGUUACUUUCCUCGCUCAUAGGUAAAUAUUACCUUUUUCUCUGAAAUUUCUCUUCCCCCGCCUUCUUUCUGUUGCUGCUACAAAUCAAAUUAGCCCUUCUUUUCCCCCUGUGCAAUGGUGUCGUCGUCUGAAAACAUGACAAUACUCGAACAGAAAAGUUUGUCCCCGAUGGUUUGUGUGUGGCAGAAAUGAGUCAUAUUGGAUGAGACCGACUGCGUCUCUCUCUCUCUCUCUCGAGAAAUGUUUGAUUUGGAAAGUGACUCAACUGGUAGUACUUUCGGGGCGCAAACCAUCAUUUUCUGCUCUUCUGUUUGGGACCUUUCCGUGAUUUGUAGUUUGAAGCGAAAAGGGGGCGGAGCAAAGCCUACUCGCCAAAGCUAAUAAAAUACAUUUUCUAGCUCUAAUUGACAUCAUCACCAACUCAUUACUUUGGUUUCAUUGGAAAGUAUCUGAUUGUCAAAUAAACUCAUUUCGCGCCCGAGUAUAAACAUCUAGAUCAUUCUUUGCACUAUGCCUCUCACUCCCUCUUCUUCUCACGAGAUCACAAUUUGCUCUCCCUUCUGAUAUUUCUUUUCACCUGCCUCCUUUCAGCUCUGAAAAGUGUUUUUAUCUAAAAAAAAAUGCCGAUCUUCAUCCUUUUUGAUUUCAAUUUCCUUCAAAAUCAGUGCUCAAUGAGCACACGUCCGCACCCCGUUCUAAACCCGUCUUAACCCAUUCUAAACUCGCAUUUUCGCCCCAAAAAUAAAGCGAGACCGACGUGAGAGAUAGUCCGGAUAAUCGGAAUUUGGCCCCGCCGUGCGCAUUCUCAACUUUUACUUUUGUGCUCCUGAUGUGUGAGUGCUCCGCGCGGAGUCGCCCGGAAUCUAAUUUUGCGGUCGCCCAGGGAAACGAGACGGCGCCUUUCGCCCCGUUUUGAGCCCAAGAGAGAGAGAGAGAGAGCCGCUCUUUCUCUCUCUCUUUUUGUUUUCGGGUGGUCGUGUAAUAGCUGAUACGUCUUCCCUCUCUUUUUUCGCAAUUUUAUGCAAAUCUCCGAUGGUUGUAGUCAAGUUUCCGGACAGAAAUGGAUAUUUGUAGUGUGGACUAUGAUUCUAUGCACUGAAGGGCUUCGCUUUUUCUCAUGAUCAUGUUUUUCCGGGAAAGUGCGACGCUGAGAGCUCAACAAUCUCGUUUCAGGCACUUUUUCGGCUCAAACGCAGUGGAGUAGUUGUCAGAUUUUGAAAAAUCACAAUAGACAGUUUUUUCGAACAUUUUAUAGAAAAUCUACCUAAAACGCGAUUUUUGAGCUCUCAGCGUCGACAUUUCCCGAAAGAAACGUGAUCAUGGGGAAAAGGAAACCCUUCAAUUCAUGUGAUCAUAGUUUACACUACAAAUAUUCAUUUGUGACCGGAAAAGUACCUAAAACGAGAAAAAUCGUGUUUUUUGGGGAAUUCACUCUAAAAGGUCUGGAAAAAGGGUCACUUGGUCACAAUAGACUUCUGAUUUUGUAGUCGUCACACAUUCUGACCCCUCCGUCGUCAUCACAGAACUUGACUCAUCUCUCUCUUUCCGUCUCGGCGCCGCCCGUAUUCGAAUGACGUCCUGUCACCUGAUUUGUGUGCUCAAACUUGCCCAACACGGCAAUUCACCUGCCCUUUCGAGAAAUUAUCAAGGGAAUUUCGAAAACAUGUGAUUCGUUUUCGCCUUUUCGGUUUUUCAAUCGUCUCUCAUACUCUUUGUCUGGAAAAAAGUGCGCAAAAUAGUUUUCUUCUUCUCCUUCUUUUCCCCGCUGAUGCUUUCGAUUUUUAGUAGUGCUGGCCGGCCAAAAAGAUAAGAUAUUGUCCGAUAAGGAAUUGUGUGUCCCGAUGGAGCCAUACACACACAUUUUUCUGUGCCCCUUAUCUCAUUUUCGGCACACGUACAGACUGUAGCCGGUUUCCCGCCCGUCCAGAUACGUGGCUCUUUUUUAGGGAGUUUGAAAGUGUUUGAAAGCAGUUUCUUCACAGAGCCGUGCCUAAUCGCGCUCUAAUGAACUUUUGCAUUCAGUCCCUUCUGGCUUAAUGUUUUGGCGGCAAUUCUUGUAGCGCCUCCGUGAUCCUGUCUAAAUCUAGAGGGUUCCAACACUCAACAUUGAUCCCGUGAUUCUCAAGCUCUGUACCAUAGCACCUCACUGAAGGUGCUGUAUUAGAAUCCUCUGAAUAUGUACUAUUUGAGCUGAGCAUGGUUUCCAAAAGUUAUCAACGGUUUUAGCUAGUGUAGGGGGGGACCUAAACGAAAUGAAAUAGAGUUUAGUCAACAAUAGUUCGAUCUGAAAAGUUUGACUGAUAUUUGAGAAAAACUAGACUCAACACUGCAAUUUUCCACACGUGUGUUAAAUCGUGCCGAAAUAAGCAGUUUUGAUCUAAUUCUUCUCGUUUCUUCACCGAAUUUCGCACUUUUAAAGAAUGAAGAACACGACAGUAUUGUUCUGUUUAAACAUUGUGAGCUCUUUCAAGUUUGGAAGGAAACAGGGUCAAAAUGAGCCGAAUUCUAAUUAUUGACAGUGAUUAGCAGUGCCAAGCACCGUGGAACUGUGAAACAAUGCAAAACACUCUUUUGUGCACAUUUCUAACUUAAAAGCUCAAAUUUGCAUUCGUCGAAAACCUCGAAAGCCUACAAUUUGCCACGUCACACAUGUUUUCGUCUUCCGUCCGAGUGAAUAAUUUCUCGCCACUUUCUUCCACUAAUUAUCAGUUUGGCCCCGCGAGUCGCGGAAUGCUGCCUCCCGUGUGACGUCAUCAAUGUGCUCUUUUGAGCCCCAAAACACCACUUCCUUUUUUUCCCCUCCUCUUUCGUCAAUCGGAUUUUCCUAUUUUUAUACCCUUCUGACGGCUUCUAUUCUCGAAUAUAGUAAAUUGUUUGCAGAAUGGCGUCGACCGCAUCGUCCAGUCAAGCCUUCGCGGCCGCCGAAUCGGUCGGAAAUUCGAACACGCUGGACGAAGGUAAAUCCGCACGUGAUAUUAUCAUUUUCUGUGGGCAAAACAUGCCCCCUUGCCGGCAACACGAAAAUCCCAUUUUCUAUUAUUUUCCACACUCGAAAAGUUAACCAAUUUUGGUUGGAUUUGACUGCAAAGUAACCCUUUUUCAAUGACAAAAAUACUGGUUUUAAAAAGUGUCCGUAAUUUCCAGUGCACUACGCGUCGACGGACUUCUACAUCGGGCUCGCGCUGGCCGUCAGCUCGUCGCUCUUCAUCGGCAGCUCGUUCAUCAUCAAAAAGAAGGCGCUGCUGAAAUUGGCGUCCGGCGACACGUCACAAAGGGCCAGCGAGGGCGGAUACGGAUAUUUGAGGGAGUGGAUGUGGUGGAUGGGCGUCAUUACCAGUCAGUUAUCACUUUUUAUCGGAAUAGUGGAAAACGUCUCAAAAAAAAAAGUGUUUGGAGCUUUUUUGAAACCGUAGUAAAGUUUGACAGCUGCGAAACGUCCACAAACAAAACGUGUUAGGCCCAUUGGACGUUUCGCAACUGUGCAAUAUCCAUUCAAAGCGCAUGACUGAAAAGCAGAGAAAAAUCACUUUCUCGAGCGUUUUGGAGAGAAAUGAUCAACUAGAAAGUUGAUGUGCACAUGAUUCGCAUCAAUUGUUCACUAUACAACCAAUUGAAAAAAGCAAAAGUUCUCGAGAUACCGAAUCCUCUAUAAAGCGAACAUUUUUUGCAGUGGGCGUCGGAGAAGCGUGUAACUUUGCGGCGUACGCAUUCGCGCCCGCCUCCCUGGUCACCCCGCUCGGCGCCCUUUCGGUCAUCGUCACGUAAGUACCGAUUCCUUCGUGCUUCCUUCAUUUUCUCGCCCAUUUUCAGAGCGAUUCUCUCGUCGCGCCUGCUGAACGAACGUCUCAACCUGCUCGGCUCGAUCGGCUGCACCCUCUGCCUGCUCGGCUCCACCGUAAUCGUGAUCCAUUCGCCGAAAGAGGAGGAGGUCGGCUCGAUGGCCGAGUUGGCACUGAAAAUGAAGGACGCCGGCUUCCUGAUCUACGUGAUCCUCAUCAUUUUGGCCACCGGAUUCGUCGUCGUCUACGUGGCGCCACGCUACGGUCACUCGAACAUCCUCGUCUACAUCUCCGUCUGCUCGCUCAUCGGAUCGCUUUCGGUGCUUAGCGUCAAAGGAUUGGGACUGGCGAUCAAGGAGACCCUGGCGGGCCAUCAACAGUUCACCAACUGGCUCACCUACUUCUGGCUCGCCUCCGUCGCCAUGUGCGUCUCGGUUCAACUGAUCUACCUGAACAAGGCGCUCGACAUUUUCAACACGUCGAUGGUGACGCCCAUCUACUACGUCUUCUUCACCACAUUCGUCAUCCUGGCCUCGUCGAUCCUCUACAAAGAGUGGUCGUGCCUCGGCGCGUCGGAUGUCAUCGGAAACUUUGUCGGCUUCCUGACUACCAUCAUCGGCAUUUUCCAAGUGCGUAGGCAAAGAAUGGGUUUCAAAGUGUCCUGCACAAAAUUUGAAUGCAUAGUGUACAGUUGUUAAAUUCACGCAACAAAGUUUUGGAGACUUUUCGCAACUGGCUUUGGGCUUAGAACGUUUCGAAACCGACCUUAAGACAUUUCGCUACCGCAAAGAAUGGCAAUCCCAAUUUGCGCGGAGAAAACGUUCAAAAAUGGACUCGCAGACGUCUUGAACUUAAAAUUGAUAUUGAAUCUACAAUUUGCAGAUGCAACUGUUCCGCGACGUGAACAUCUCGCUGUACCAAGUGCAACGACUGGUGUCCCGCCCGUCCGCGAGCCUCGCCACCGCCGACUUUUCGUCCUCCUCGACGAACCUCGUCGACGACUAUUGCAUGCGCCAAUCGAACAGCAACCGGCGGAUGGUGUACACCUGA